GAAAUUAGGGUUAGAAAAAAAAAAUACCCCGAAACCCUCGUCUUCCCCCUCUCCGGCGCCGCCCUCUCGCCGUCUUCAGGUUAAUCCGCGCUCCGGGACCGGAGACCGGGCCAGAUCCGCCGGCGGAGAUGUCGGCAGGGACCGCCCCGGGCACCGCCGCGCCGCGGUACGCGCCGGACGACCCCUCGCUCCCGAAGCCGUGGCGCGGGCUGGUCGACGGCACCACCGGCUACCUCUACUACUGGAACCCGGAGACCAACGUCACGCAGUACGAGAAGCCGCUGCCCCCCGUGGACCUUCUCCCGCCGCCGCCCCCGCUCCCGCCGCCGCCUCCCCGCUCCGGCCGCGGCGACCGCGACCGGGACCGCCGCGACCGCUCCCGAUCCCGCUCCCGCACCCCGCCACGGCGCGACCACAGGGACCGCGACCGCGACAGGGACCGGGACCGCGAUAGGCGCCACGACGACCACAACUCCUCCAGGUCGGCGCCGUCCCACCACCAUCCUGCUCCGGUCGCCGCCGCCGCCGAUGAUCCGUCCACCGAGGCGUACCGCCGCCGCCACGAGAUCACCGUUGUCGGGGACAACGUGCCACCUCCCAUAACUUCGUUUGAGUCCGGUGGCUUCCCACCGGAAAUCCUCAAGGAGAUCCAACGUGCUGGAUUCUCAAGUCCGACACCAAUCCAAGCUCAGUCAUGGCCAAUUGCCUUGCAGAAUCAAGAUGUUGUAGCUAUUGCAAAGACAGGAUCUGGGAAAACUCUUGGGUAUCUACUUCCUGGAUUCUUGCAUAUUAAGCAUCUGCAAAACAACCCGAGGUCUGGUCCAACAGUGCUGGUUUUGGCACCAACAAGAGAGCUUGCAACACAGAUUUUGGAAGAAGCCGUUAAAUUUGGCAGAUCGUCAAGAAUUUCUUCCACGUGCCUAUAUGGUGGUGCUCCAAAAGGUCCCCAGCUAAGAGAUUUGGAUAGAGGGGUCGAUGUUGUUGUUGCUACACCUGGAAGGUUGAACGACAUUCUAGAAAUGCGAAGGAUAAGCCUUAAGCAAGUAUCGUACCUUGUUCUUGAUGAGGCUGACCGGAUGUUGGACAUGGGUUUCGAACCACAAAUACGUAAGAUAGUGAAGGAAAUUCCUCCUCGUCGGCAAACCCUUAUGUACACUGCUACUUGGCCCAAGGAAGUUAGACGAAUUGCGGAUGAUCUUCUUGUUCACCCUGUCCAGGUUACUAUUGGAAGUGUUGAUGAACUUGUUGCCAAUAGUGCUAUUACUCAGAAUGUGGAGCUGAUCACACCAUCAGAAAAGCUUCGACGUCUUGAGCAAAUUUUACGAUCCCAGGAUUCAGGUUCGAAGGUACUCAUAUUCUGCACUACUAAGAGGAUGUGCGACCAACUUGCAAGGACACUUACUAGGCAAUUUGGAGCUUCUGCCAUUCAUGGUGACAAGUCCCAAAGCGAAAGGGAGAAGGUCCUUAGCCAUUUUCGAUCUGGGCGAUCUCCUAUUUUGGUUGCAACAGAUGUUGCUGCACGAGGCUUAGACAUCAAAGAUAUUAGGGUUGUGAUCAAUUAUGACUUCCCCACUGGCAUUGAAGAUUAUGUUCACAGGAUUGGCAGGACUGGAAGGGCCGGUGCUACUGGUGUGGCCUAUACGUUUUUCUGUGACCAGGAUUCAAAAUAUGCUGCCGAUCUUAUUAAAAUUCUAGAAGGUGCAAACCAACGUGUUCCUCGUGACUUAGUGGACAUGGCUUCUCGGGGUGGGCGUGGCAGGAAGCGUAACCGGUGGGCAACUACCCGCUCUGACAGGGGUGGUUCGCGCUCUGAACUGGAUUCAAGGUAUGGUGGAAGAGAUGGACUGUCAGGAUCUUCUGCGAGAUUGGAGAGUAGUCGCAGUAGUCGCAGGCAUGACUAUGGCGAUGAUGGACGGUCUCGCAGGUCUGGGAGAGGUCGCAGUAGGAGCCGUAGCAGGAGUGAUAGUGAUAGGUAUAGCCGAAGUCCUAAAAAGUCACGCCGCCAUAGCCGUAGCAGGACCAGAAGUCGCAGCCAAAGCAGGAGCAGAAGCAGGAGUUACACUAGGAACCGCCGUGCUAGCCGCAGCAGGAGCCGUAGCCCAGGUGCGAGCCGAAGGCAUGAAAGGAGUGCUGCUGGUUCUGGUCCUGAACACCCUGACUCUGGGCACGUAGAGCGCAAAAGCACACCAGAAGUUGACCCAUCGAGAAACCAUACUAACCACUCUGACCUGAAAGAUGACCAACGACCGGAGGAUGAGAAGAUAGGAAAGGUUGAUCUUGAUCGGUCGCCUACUCCGCAAGAUGACAAAUCUGGCCCAUAUAGUCCUGCUUACAAUGGAAAAGCCAGUCGCUCAGUGAGCCCCAGUGUUCAGGUGGAGGGAAACAACAAAGCUCCAGAGGUAUCUGAGAAUCCCAAUCCUUCAUCACCACCCCAGCCUAGCAAGACCAGGGAGGAUGAAGAGGAAGGCAUGAUAGAUGAGGAUGGAGAGAUAGCUGAUGAUCCCCGGGCAAGUGCAACCGUGCAGAAUGGUGGCGAUAACUGAACCUUCUGGUCCCAAAAUAUUUCAAGAACGGCUGAACAGCCACUACAGAUGAUCUGCGUGACAAUGCUAGAAUGUUAAAAUUAUCUGAAGCUGUAUUUCUUAGCCGGAACUUAAAAAAUUGUGAACUGUAUGUGUCGUGGAGACUGUUAUGUCUGGGUUCCUUUCGUUGUAACACAUUAUUAUGCAUUAUUGACGCUGUAGCAUGUGAAGUGAAGAUCAUGCAAUGUCGCUUGGUUGUUCA